AUGGAUUACCCGAGCACUCACAGGGAUUUGUCUGCUCGCUCUGGUGGUUCUUCAUUUAACACAUUAUCGACCAUUGCUCACGAUCGUUGCGACGGUUUCCCUCAGCUCGUCUUAUCUGGCCGGCCUUUAUACGAGCAUAACAUUGUACCGGACCCUUUUCCAUCCACUGAGAAAGUUCCCGGGCCCGUAUUGGGCACGACUGUCCAAUCUCUAUCACUCAUAUCUGAUUCGCAAGUCCGACAAUUACUUAUUAAUACAGAAGUUACAUGCACAAUAUGGGCCCAUUGUCAGGACAGUAACUUAUCCAUCAACGAUCCAGCGGCAAUUCACGUCGUUCUUAGCAACGAAUCCAAGUGUAUCAAGAGUCCGUGGUACGAUCGAUCCCUGCCACUGGUGAACUUACAUACCGUGCGAGACAAAACAAUACAUGAUGCUCGGAGGAGAGUGUUCUCCAAGGCUUUCUCUCCUUCGGCGUUGCGAGACUACGAAGAAAGAGUCGCAGUGCACUGCGAGGAGUUUAUACGGCAGAUGAAGCGUAUGACAGGCAGACCGUUCGAUGCUUCUCAAUGGUUUAAAUACUUUGCAUUUGAUGUCAUGGGUGAUCUGGGCCUUGGAAAAGAGUUCCACAUGAUGACUUCUCAGAUCAAUCGCUGGAUUCCCGAUCUUCUGGAGACGAGCAUGGCAGAUGUUGGUCCAACCACUCCUAUCCCAUGGCUUGCGCCGAUCCUACACAGACUGCCUCGUGCAGGGCAUGGUGCCAGAGCAUGGUUGGAUUUCGUUGGGCUGCAAGUUCAGGAGAGGACGCGGAAAACGUCGGACAGGCAUGAUAUUUUGUCUCAUCUUGUGGAAGCGUAUGAACGUACCCAGAAGCAAGACAUCGACUAUCAAUGGUUACGCGGUGAUACCAGGCUUACAAUAGUCGGCGGCUCUGACACAACAGCAGCAACGCUGACUUUCCUCUUUCAUUACCUGGCCAAAGAUCCAGUUCAAGUCGAGAAGCUGCGUAGUGAGCUAGAGCCGUUGCUCAGAGGCAAGCCUCGGUUGGAUCCAAAGGAUGUGUCCAAAGCCCAGCAUCUCAACGGCGUGAUACAGGAAGCCCUUCGAUUGCAUCCGGCUAUCCCCUCUGGCUUUCCGCGAGUGACUCCACCCGAAGGCAUUACCAUCAACGACGUCUUCAUUCCCGGAGGAACUACAGUCGUUAUUCCGCCAUAUGCUAUGCAACACGACGAUGCGAACUAUACCUUGGCGGAGGAGUUCAUACCGGAACGGUGGUACUCAAAACCGGAGUUGAUCAAAAACCCCGAAGCUUUCCUAACAUGGAACAUCGGAAUGAACGGAUGUAUUGGGAGAGCCUUAGCUAUUAUGGAGAUGCGCGAUUUGAUCACCCACUUCAUUCACGCUUUCGGGAGCGUCAAGUUUGCGCCGGGUGAGGAUGGCAGGGCGCUGCUGGAAGAAACUCGCGAUCACUUUACUGUGGGCGUGCAGCCACUACGUCUGAUUUUCGAGGAGAAGGUCUCAGGAUCGGGCGCUGGCGACAUUGGCACGAAAACAGCCUCCAAUUGA